GAUGGCAUGACCUAGCGAAUUCUGAUACAGGCUACAGAAUCUCGUGAUACGUUCGUCAACGUGUACCCAGAAGUUAGUGUGUCACAACAUAUCCAUGCUUACAGAAGAAAAACAUCAAUUCAACGGCUAUCCGAGACAAUUGCAUCCAAGCAAGGAACAGAUAUCCAAACUCUGUGGGGCAAAGGCGAAAUGAUUGAUUAAUGUAUCUCUCUACAACGUAUAUUCUUCACAGAUCUAUCGCCAACGUGAGAUUCCUGGACGGUGGUAAAUACUGGACAUCGCGGUUUCAGACUUAUCGAACCGCCCAGUCAUAUACUAUCAAUCAUCGAAAUAUACAAUCAAGGACAAAAUCAACAACGACUACUACUACCUCCAAGGCUGAAGGUAGAAUCAAUAUAUCUAGGAAUCCAAUCACCAACAAAUCUGAAAUGAGGAUCGCAACCCUGCAAUUUGCGCCACAACUGGGCGAUGUUGAGGGGAAUAUCAAACGCGCAGAUAGGUUACUCAAGCUAAUACCACCGAAUGCUAAUGAUGGAUAUGCAUUUGAUGAUGAGGAGGAACCCGGCAUUGAGGAGUUGCGACCUGAUAUUCUCGUAUUGCCAGAAAUGGCAUUUUCAGGGUACAAUUUUCCAUCACUAGAAGCUAUAAGGCCUUAUCUAGAGGUUCAAGGCCAUGGUCCGUCUGCACAGUGGGCUCGAAGAACAGCGCAACGACUGAAAUGUAAAGUUUGCGUGGGAUAUCCUGAAAUUUAUCAACCAGAUGCAUCUAGUGCAGAUGGCAACAAUGAGAAUGAGAAUGGAAGUGGGUUAGUUGCAAAUUCGGCCAAAAUGUAUAACUCCCUACUAGUCGUGGAUGAAGCAGGAGAGGUUAUACACAAUUAUCGAAAACGGUUCUUGUAUUACACGGACGAAUCCUGGGCGAGUGAAGGUGAAGCAGAGUGGAGUUUUAAAUUCCUGGAAUUUCAGCCAGUGAUGUUCGAUGCAGAUACGACAUCAUUGCUUCCAGAGUCCAGCAGAAAUCCGAUACAGAUUCCAACCACAUUCGGAAUAUGUAUGGAUAUCAACCCGUACAAAUUCGAGGCACCAUUUGACGCCUGGGAAUUUGCAUAUCGAGUACUGAACUCCCAGUCACAUCUCGUUAUUAUCUCCGCAGCUUGGCUUGUAAACGAUGCGACUAGCAUCAUGGGCAAACCCAGCCAGUUGCCUGACAUGGACACAUUCAAUUACUGGAUUCGUAGAUUUUGGCCUUUACUCGAGAAGAAGAUCAACUACGGCGAUAAACAGUUAAACGGCUUUAGUUCUUCGACAGAGACAAAAGUCAUUAUUGUUUUUGCUAAUAGAACUGGUGUCGAGGAUGGGGGGCCGGGGUGUCUCAUUCCGAUAGCAACGUAUGCUGGGACAAGUACUGUCGUUGCAAUUACGCAGAAGCAUGAAUCUUCCUCGCUGGAUGUCAAGAUUCAUUGUUGGGGUAUCAAGGGUUCGAGAGAGGAAGGUAUCUGUUUUGCAGAUACCGAGUCAGAACCCAAGAUGACAUUUGUCACGAAAAGAUCUGAUGACCCGUCUGAUUGA